GUGGUCACUUUUAGAGCCAAUCCCUCUUGUCUCUCGUUGCUUUCUCUCUCCGGAGAGAAGUGAAUCUAGGGUUUGAAACAGUGAAUCUUUUGCUUCCACCAACAAAACCUGGUUCCUGGCACUAUAUAAAAUCUGGGCCCUUGCUUUAGAACAGUGUCUUGAACGCAAUUUCUUAGUGGCAUGGCAACCGAGAGUCCUGUCAGAAUGCCCGGAAGCAGUGGAAAAUGGCCAAAUUCUGGAAGGGGUGAUGUCCCUAACCGAAGUGGAAGUGCACCGCCGAGCAUCGAGGGCUCCUUUCUGGCUGUGGAUAAUCUCUUAUCACAACAUGGCUCAGAUUAUAACAUGAAACUGCCGGGUUUUCAUGGUUCUUUUCAAAACCGUGGAUUUGAGGAACCACUGACCAAUGACCCUUCCUUUUUAGCUUAUUACUCUUCGAAACUUCGCCUUAACCCUAGACUUUCUCCAUGGCUUGGGAACCAUGAAGGUAGAGUUAGAAGUAACUGGGGAUUAACUAAUGCUGAUAGUCCCAUUCAUACGUCUCAAGGCGCACUUUCUACUCACAAGGAAAUGGCCGAGGAAGAAAGCUGUCAACAGCAGUCUGUUCAUAGUGUUUCAGAUAGGACAAACGAGUUUGUCUCUGGAUCGGACAUGAUUCCUUGUCCGGGUGGCAGCCAUGGUUUGGCUGAUUCCAGGCAGGAUUCUGGUGGUCUGACCCCUCAGCAUAGUCGGUCUAACUCUUCAAAUUGCGAAAUGAGCACAGUGGGUGAGAAUGAUGAUCCUUCUGAGACAUCAAAUGAUGUCAAGUCCACCUUUGUUAAAGAGAAUGCUGCUGCAUCAUCUGAGGUGGAUUGCUCUACAUCAAAUGACAGUGGAAGCAAUCAUCCAAAGACAAGAGCUUCCUUUGGCGUUGAAAAGAAUCCCGAUGUUUCAAUGCUUGUGUCCAAAAUGAAGAAUGCAAAUAUGUCCAACACAUCUGAUCCUGAGAAUAAACAUUUUCGAGAACAAAAUCAGAUGCAUCGACAGCCAGACAAUGUAGCCUCGAUUCAAGGUGGUAUAACGGGUUCCCAUAGUGCAAAUGACGUGAUUGUUGGGAGUGGUCAGUUCCUUUACGGCCCCCCCUCUAAGUUCUCGGGUGACGGUCAACAUACGCUGCAAUCCUCGGGAUUUACACCCCCACUUUAUGCUACUGCCCCACCGGCUUAUAUUACACCAAAUCCUGUCUAUAACAUGCACUCAUCUGGCUUAUACGCUCCUCAGUAUGGUUUUGGGGCCUGCACUUUGACUCCAAAUAUAUUCCCACAGGUUUUCCCCGGGUACCCUCCUCAUGGCGCUGUCCCAUUUGUUGUCGGUCCAAAUUUCAUUCCUCAAUUAUCUGGUGCACCCGUUAUGGGAAAUGUUGUGCAUGGAGCCGAAAUGCAGUAUUCUGACAAGCUGUAUGGCCCAGCAGGGCAAUCUUCUUUCUUGGAUCCUUUUUACAUGAGAUACUAUCAACAGCCACUCGGACAGGCACAGGCCUACAGCAUGCCUGGCCAGAUGAACCUGCCGCCUCCUAGAGGCGUUGUUCCGGGGAGCCAGAAAAACGUUAUUGAGCCUCAGAAGGAUGAGCCAAAUGUUGUUCGGCAAAUAACUUCGCCAAGUGACCAGAACCUCGGUAAAACGGGAUUGAUGGGUCCUAGUAAUUAUGGAAUACUGUCGAAUACGGGCAUUGUGGUGCAUUAUCCCCCUUCUCAGCUUAGCUCUCCAGUUUCUCCGGGUUCUGCUCAGUUUGUAAAGACUUAUCCUGGAUGGCAACCUCAGAGGGGCGUGGAAGGUGGCAAUAGCCUACGAUUGUCCAAUUUUCUUGAAGAGCUGAAAUCUGGGAAUGGCAGGAGGUUUGAGUUAUCUGAUAUUGCUGGACACAUUGUGCAGUUCAGUGCCGAUCAACAUGGGAGCCGAUUCAUUCAGCAAAAGCUUGAAAAUUGUCGCCCGGAGGAAAAGGCAGCUGUUUUCAAGGAGGUUCUUCCUCACGCAUGCAACCUAAUGACUGAUGUUUUCGGAAAUUAUGUCAUUCAGAAGUUUUUCGAAUAUGGGAAUGCAGUACAGAGAAAAGAACUUGCAGAUCAACUCACAGGUCAGAUAUUGCCGUUAAGUCUGCAGAUGUAUGGUUGUCGUGUUAUACAAAAGGCUCUUGAUGUAAUUGAGCCCGAGCAAAAAAUUCGUUUGGUGCGUGAACUUGACGGGCACGUCAUGAGAUGCGUACGCGACCAAAACGGGAACCAUGUGAUCCAGAAAUGCAUUGAAAACAUCCCAACAGCCAAAAUCGGGUUUGUGAUUUGCGCAUUUCGUGGUCAUGUUGCAUCGCUCUCCAUGCAUCCUUACGGCUGUCGUGUCAUACAGAGGGUUCUCGAGCGCUGCACAGAUGAGCAUCACUGUCGGUUCAUUAUUGAGGAGAUACUGGAAUCGGUCUGUUCCCUUGCGAAGGACCAGUAUGGCAAUUACGUUACCCAGCAUGUUUUGGAGAGGGGAACGCCUCAAGAAAGAGAGAGCAUGGUCAGAAAACUCUCGGGCCAUAUCGUGCAGCUUAGCCAGCAUAAAUUCGCGUCAAACGUUAUCGAGAAAUGUUUGGAAUAUGGCGGUGAAACUGAGCGUGACAUCAUCAUCAAAGAGAUUGCAGGCGAAGAUGAGGGCUUCACUAAUCUACUGACUAUGAUGAAGGAUCAGUAUGGAAACUAUGUGGUGCAAAAGAUAUUCGAGACUUGUAGCGACGAUCAGAGAGCAAUGCUGCUAAGCCGAGUCCGGAUGCACGCUCCAGCUCUGAAGAAAUACACUUAUGGAAAGCAUAUCGUUACUCGUUUGGAGCAGCUCUUUGGCGAAGAAAACAGGGGGAUGAGCUGACUGGUGUGGGAGGAGCCUCUGUCGCCUGGAGAUUCAUUUGGGGGAAAGUUCUCAGAUUCCGAAUAAUGAAAACUGAAAUUGCUGUUUAUGGUAUAAGUUAUUCGCAUUGACACAGAAACACAAACCCAUUGGAAAGAUGUGAAAUGUACAUUUGGUCUGCUUACGUUAUAACUUCAUGUCUUAAUC